UACUGGAAUGCUGAUGAUGAUGGAGUUCCACGGCUUUCUUUGCAGACAACGAACAGACGAGCCGGCCAAAUCUGCACCAACUGCGGCACGACGACGACAACUCUCUGGAGACGGAACAACCACGGGGAACCAGUAUGCAACGCUUGCGGCCUCUACUUCAAACUUCAUGGGGUCAAUAGACCCCCUGCAAUGAAGAAAGAAGGAAUUCAAAAACGAAAGAGAAAGCCAAAGAGUGCUAAUCAAGAUGUAAAGAGAAAAGCCUUGACUACAACUUCAGGAUCUAACAGCCCCGGAGAUAUGAAAUCUUCUGCUUCAGCUAACUAUUCCUUGGCGUCGACGACUAGUAGCUAUGCAUCCAACCACAACGCUGUCACAACUACAACAUCUCCAACAUCAUGUGAUCCAAGUGUGCUCCACAGACAGCAUUCUCAACAGCAGCAGCAAUCGAGCAGUACUCACCACCAUCAUCAGCAGCAACAUUCAGUUAACGACGAUGCAGGAAGACACAACCUGCAGCACUCUUCCUACGCCAACCAUCAUUCUGUUGAGCACUCUAGUUCAAGCCAACACCAAUCUUCUGCCUUGCAUGCUCUUCAAGGACUCAAUUCUUUCUACCAUCACCACCACCAACACCAUGCUGCAACAUCUGUCAUAGCUUCAACAUCGUCGACGUCUGGCACGUCAUCUGGUCGUAUUCCUUCGUCGCCAUUCGGAAUUGUCAAACUGGAAACCUGAUUCAAGUUGGCAAUGUACACAUUUAAUAUGUUCCCCAAACGGCCUCUCUCUGUGACAGUGCUAAGACUAUUGUGCCAUUGAAUACUUAUAUCUAGAAUGGCAGAACAUUUUUAUGCACGAAAUUGGAAGGAAUCAGAUUACUGUCACCCCUGGUAAAAAAUCCACCAUGCAUAGAUAAAUUGCAAAUUGGAAUUCCACUAUUACUUAGUUGUAUAGACAGAAUCUUUGGGUACAAUAGACAGAAUCUUCGAAUACAGUCUGAUUAAUAUACUACUUGCUGUUAUUAUGAAUGUGUUUUACCAUUGUGAGCAAUUGCAAUGUGGGAAAAUUUUAAAUUUUGAUGUAUAAAACUGCGAAGAAACUUCGAAAUUAUAAACUUUUCAGCAAGUUUUUACACUUCAAUUUAGGAAUUUUAAUUGCGAUGUAAAAAUAUUCGUUUCCGAAUAUGUUGUUUAAUUUUAAAGCUAAAGGCUCUCGUCACUGUUUGCGUUGACUGUAAUGUAAAUAUAUAUGUAUAUUAUAAUUUUGGCUUGAUUUAACUAUUAGGCUUGUAUUCAUAAUUCAAGGUUAUCAAAAUUGGAACAGAACGUUUGAAGGUAAAAUAUCUCAAAAUCGUGAUUUUGAUAACUUAAAUUUUGUAAAAUUAAUUAGUUGUAUAAAUGGAGUCUUUAAAUUUGUUGUUAAAUAUUUUGUUAGAUCUUUUUUUUUUUUUUUUUAGCUUGAAAUAUAUAUGUUCUUGAAAUCGUAAUCAGUGAUACUGAGAGUUUUGGAAUGAUCGCGCCAAUAAAUGCCUCUUGAACUACCAUUUGUAGACAAUACACUCUUCUUAUUUAAGAUGUGAAUAAAAUAAAAUAGACUUUCUGUCUACGGCAACUUGGUAACGUGACAGCUUUAUAAAAAAGUAUAAAAAAUCAAUGCGCACGUGCAUGCUUGUGUUGCGUCACGUGAUAGUGAUUGCCACUCUCUGGAAGUCUAACUAAUUUGAUAUAUUCAAUAUAUAAGAUAAUUUGAUAAUAAGUAAAAUAAUGGUAAAAAUUUAUAAAUUAUUGCUUUUAAAUUAUUUGGUUAUUGAGUAUUCCAACGAUAACUGCUAGAAUUUUCUGUUUGAGUUAAUACAAACAUAACUCCUGUAAUAUUUCAUUGCCAGAGUUUUAAAGCUCAAAUGCUUAGCGCACCACUAGCAGUUUUUAGCUUAAAAACAGAUUAUGCAAUAAAUCAAUAUAUUAUAAAUGACAAUACAUUUUUUUAAAAUUUUAACAAUUAAAUGUGUUUUAGUAUUGAAAAAUAUUCGAGGAAAAAUGUACAUUACUAGCAAAUUAAUGUCAAUCUAAAAUUGUUGAAAUUAGCAGUUAAUUUAUCACGUUUAUAUGGGAUAGGCAUCACUGAAUAUAACAGUUUUGUGCAUCAUAAAAACUACUAACUCUAGCACAAUUUUGAUGAAAAUAGGAUAGAUGUUCCACUAGAUAUUUUUUAGCAAAAUUUCAUUGUGGAACCUUUCGUUUUCUUGUAGAAAUAUUGUAUUUUGUGAGUGUUCUAUGCGUGUUUCACAUUUUCUGCGGGGUCAUUUUUUUUCUCUCUCCGCAUAAUGUAAGUUCUGUACAGGAAAAUAAAUAAGGAAAUUAAAUAUCUCUGUAGACCAAGAAGACGCUUUUGAGUGUUUCAGCUCGAAGGUUUGUGCAAUGUAUAUUUUAUUAGAUUGAAAGUUAUUGUUUCUAAAAUUGCAAUGUAAAUGAGCUUUACUGAAAGCUCAAAUUUCAGCUUAAUUUUAAUAAAAAUGGUUUUUCUCUCA